AUGGAAGGCUGCCGCUGGGCCGCUGCUGGCACCUUGCUUCUGGCUUCCCUCCUCCUGAGCUCCAGAACAGCUCGCUCAGAGGAAGAUCAAGACUCACUGUGGGAUGCCUGGGGUUCAUGGAGUGAAUGUUCACGCACGUGUGGAGGAGGGGCUUCAUAUUCACUGAGACGUUGCCUGAGCAGCAAGACCUGUGAAGGGCGAAACAUCCGAUACAGGACAUGCAGCAAUGUGGACUGUCCUCCAGAAGCAGGUGAUUUUCGUGCUCAGCAGUGUUCAGCUCAUAACGAUGUCAAGUAUCAGGGACAGUUUUAUGAGUGGCUUCCUGUCUCUAACGAUCCUGACAACCCAUGCUCGCUGAAGUGCCAGGCCAGAGGAGCAGCUUUGGUUGUAGAACUGGCACCAAAGGUUUUGGAUGGGACCCGAUGCUACACUGAAUCCCUGGAUAUGUGCAUCAGCGGCUUGUGCCAAAUCGUUGGCUGUGACCGCCAGCUGGGAAGCACUGUCAAGGAAGAUAACUGUGGGGUCUGCAAUGGUGAUGGGUCCACCUGCCGGCUGGUUCGAGGCCAGUAUAAGUCCCAGCUCUCAGCAAAUAAAAGAGGCUAUCGUGCUAUUACUCUUACAGAUGGAGCUUUCGGGGAUUUUAUUGACAGGUUUAUUCCUGAGGCUUGGUCCUCCUGUAGUGUCACCUGUGGAGUGGGCAGCCAGGUGCGGCUUGUGAAAUGUCAAGUGCUUCUGUCUUUCUCUCAGUCUGUGGCUGACUUGCCCAUUGAUGAAUGUGAAGGUCCCAAACCUGUGUCUCAGAGAGCCUGCUACAGUGGUCCCUGCAAUGGUGAAGCAGCUGAAUAUACCCCUGAAGAAACAGAUCAGCUGUAUGGUAGAUUGCAGGAAUUCGAUGAGCUCUAUGACUGGGAAUAUGAGGGCUUCACUGAGUGUUCAGAGUCUUGUGGAGGAGGUGUCCAGGAGGCUGUGGUGACCUGCCUGAACAAGCAAACCAGGGAGACUGCAGAUGAGACUCAGUGUGUAAUAAGCCGCCGUCCUCCACAGCUGCUGAAAGCCUGUAGUCUGGACCCCUGCCCUCCAAGAUGGGAAAUUGGGAAAUGGAACACCUGCAGUCUUACGUGUGGGGUCGGAUUGCAGACACGAGAUGUCUUCUGUUCUCACCUACUAUCAAGAGAAAGUAACGAGACUGUGAUUUUAGCAGAUGAAUUGUGCCAUAAACCUAAGCCAUCGCUUGUACAAGCCUGUAAUCGCUUUGACUGCCCGCCCUCCUGGUAUACUACAGAAUGGCAAGAGUGUUCGCAGACAUGUGGAGGCGGUGUCCAGAAGCGAGAUAUACUUUGCAAGCAGCGUCUGGCAGAUGGAAGCUUGUUAGAGCUGCCAGAAACCUUCUGCUCCAUGCCGAAGCUGGUUUCCCAGCAAACCUGCAAAAAUGAGGACUGUCCUAAUGAGUGGCUUCUUUCUGACUGGUCACAGUGUUCAGUGAGUUGUGGAGAGGGAACGCAGAGUCGAAAUGCUAUUUGCAGAAAGAUGCUGAAAACUGGGGGUUCUAUCAUCAUCAAUUCCUCCCUUUGCCCACCUCUGCCAUUCUCAUCCUUGAUCAGGCCCUGUGCACUAGCAACCUGUGCAAGGCACAACAGGCCAGCUCAUAAGCAAAGUCCUCAUAUUGUGGCUGUAAAGAAAGUUUACAUCCAGACAAGGAAGCAGAAGAAGCUACACUUUAUUGUGGGUGGGUAUGCCUACCUGUUGCCUAAAACCUCCGUUAUUCUCCGAUGCCCCACAAGGAGGUUCCGGAAGUCAAUGAUCUUCUGGGAGAAGGAUAAUAAGAGACUCAUCAGCACAGCUCACAUCACCAUUGCACCCUAUGGGUACAUGAAAAUCCAUCGUUUGAAGCCUUCAGACACUGGGAUAUAUACCUGUAUAGCAGGGCCAGCCCGGGAGCAUUUUGUAAUUAAACUAAUAGGAAGCAACAAAAAUCUCAUUGCUGGGCAGCCAGCUGGCAUUAGGGAGGAAGAGACCAUGAGAAAGGCCAGUCUAAAUGAAGCCUUGCGAACACAGGAGAAACAUAUCAAUGGUAUUCUCUUCAAUGGGAGCAAGACUGAAAAGCGAGGGCAUCCAGCUGACCCUAGUGGCUGGUAUGACAAUAUUGUCUCAAGGUUGCUACAGCACAAGAGCUGGCCAGGGGGAAAUCUGGAAUUCUGGGAAGCCCAGGAGUCCACAGAGAGAAAUGUGUCCUCAGAGGAAGACCAGAGCCAGGAGUAUAGCCUGCCAUAUACUAUGGUCACAGAGCAGAAACGGUUGGAUGAUAUCAUAAGGAAUUUGUCUCAGCAGCCUGAGGAGCUUAAAGAUAUUUACACUGAGCAGCUUGUUGUACAGCUGGCCCAUGAGAUUUUCAAGAGCCACUUGGAGCAUCAGGAAUCUGUCCUCAAAGCAUCGAGACGAAGAGUUGAUUCAGCUUCCAUGGAAUACCCUUUCCACAGACAUGUUUCUGGAUUUACCAGCUCCCUGAGGACAUCAUCUGCUGAAGCAUUUCUUCCCACAUCUAUGAACCCAACGAAUGGCUUGCACAGCCCUCAUCAAAAGCCUGCCAUCCUUCGAAAGAUUUCAGCAGCACAACAGCUUUCUGCUUCAGAGGUUGUCACCCACCUGGGACAGACAGUGGUUCUAGCCAGUGGCACACUGAGUGUGCUGCUUCACUGCGAAGCAGUGGGAAACCCAAAGCCCACCAUCAGCUGGGCUAAGAAUGGAGAGGAGGUGAAAUACAAUGAUAGGAUGCUGCUUCAGCCUGAUGACUCCUUGCAGAUUCUAGCACCUGUGGAAGCUGAUGUUGGUUUCUAUGCUUGCAACGCAUCUAAUGCUCUGGGAUCUGACUCUGUGUCCAUUGCUGUCACUCUAGCAGGAAAGCCACUAAUAAAGGCAUCAAGAACUACUGUGAUCAACACUGAAUUACCUGCUGUCACUGCUGAUAUUGGAAGCACAGUGAAAACAAUCCAGAGAACAAAUGUUACCAUUAGCUGCCAGGUUGCAGGUGUUCCUGAAGCGGAAGUUACUUGGUUUAAAAAUAAGGUCAAGCUGUCCCCUGCUCACCACCUGCGCGAUGGGUUGCUGCUAAUUGCGAAUGUUUCUCUGUCAGAUCAGGGGUUAUAUUCCUGCAGGGCAGCCAAUCUACGUGGGGAGGUAACUGAAAGCUCCCAGCUGUUGGUUCUUGAGCCUCCACGACCCCUUCCUUACCUAGAAAAUUUGACAGCAGUGCUUUCCAGCAUUGGGACCAGCCUUCCUUCAGUGUUGACCUCUCCUUCAGGAACAAAAAUGACUAUCAGUCCAGGGAGCUCUGCUCUAAUAGGUUGUGCCGUGGAUGGCCAUCCAACUCCAAAUAUCACCUGGCUUUACUCUGGAAAGCCUCUCACUCUGAAGCAUCGCUUCCUAGCAGCAGGUCACAUUCUUCAGAUACUCAACAUCAGUGAUGCUCCUGAAGGAGAAUUCAGCUGCCUUGCUCAGAAUGAGGCUGGUUCACUCUUACAAAAAACUUCCCUGGCAAUACAAGACUACCAGUGGUCAGUGGACAAGCUGAUGUCUUGUUCUGCUUCCUGUGGCCACAAAGGAAUACAGGUGCCACAACUGAGGUGCUUACUGGAUGGGACUGAAGUCAAUAUAUCCAACUGCAAAAAGAAGCCCAAGCCAACCCUGCAGCCCAUUGCAUGCAAUAGGAGAGACUGCCCUUCACGGUGGAUGGUAACAUCAUGGUCUCCAUGCACACGGAGCUGCGGUGGAGGAAUCCAAAUGCGACGAGUGACAUGCCAACAACUGACAGCAAAAGGCAACUCUGUCCCAAUGUCAAAUGAAGCCUGUGCUCAAGCGUCCAAGCGCCCGGUGGACACACAGAACUGUAACAGGCAGCCUUGUGUUGAGUGGGUGGCCUCCUCCUGGGGCCAGUGUAAUGGGCCUUGCAUUGGGCCACGACUCGCUGUACAACACAGACAGAUAUUUUGCCAGACAAAAGAUGGGACUUCUGUGUCAUCUGAUCAGUGCAGUGCCUUACCGAGGCCUUUGAGCACUCAGAACUGCUGGACUGACAUCUGUGGCGUGCAUUGGAGGGUCAGCUUGUGGACAGUGUGUACAGCUACCUGUGGAAACUAUGGCUUCCAGUCCCGGCGUGUGGACUGUGUGCACAUCCGCACCAACAAACCCGUGCUCGAGCACUACUGCUCCUGGAGACCACGGCCAGUCAACUGGCAGCGCUGCAACAUCACGCCCUGUGAGAACAUGGAGUGCAGAGACACCACAAGGUACUGUGAGAAAGUAAAGCAGCUCAAACUCUGCCAGCUCACCCAGUUCAAAUCACGCUGCUGUGGGACUUGUGGAAAAGCUUGAAGGCGAAUGCGAUGAAAAUGGAGGAACAAGGGGAUCUCAGCUUUUGCUUCACUGAGGCAAAGACUUCUGCAGAAAAUAGAAACAGAAUGGAAUUCUUUUUUUUGUUUGUUUUU